UUUUUGAUAACGGUGUUAGAAUUUCGAUGUUUUUAAAGAACAAACAAAUCACAGAAAAUAAUAUUGUAUACUCAUUUUAAUAAUAGAUAUUUGUAAAAAAAAUGGAUUUUCAUAUGUCAUUAAUACAACAACAUCCAUAAAAAGAACAGCACUCAAAACAAUUCACAGCAUUAUUCCUCCCAGUACUAAAGCAGAAGAGAAGCUCAACUAGAAUCAACCCGGAACUAAAGUAAAUAGUCUUCACGGGAACGAGUAAAUAUAACGGAAAUGAAGUGAGAAAUCUUACACGAUGUAUGGCAGAUUAUGGAACCACCAAACGCAGUGGCUGAGAUGUGAACAAGCUACGAAACUGGGUAGCGUCUCCUAUAAGCGAAAGCGCAAAAAAUUGAAGGAUGCACAGUGGAGCUCAACAACAAGUGAAUUUUAAUAUACUGUAAAAAACUGUAGUCGGAAGUAUUACUCUUCAACAAAAUUAUCUGGAACUUUAAAAAUCUGGCACUGACACCGAGAAACUUUGAAAAGAAGUGGAUUUAUAUUUGAAAAAUUAUCUUCGGAAAAGUUGAAAAACCACAUUCUAUAUUCCAACUUCUUCGAAUGAAUAAAUACUUACCACAUUUCUCAAACUUUAAACCUUCAAGUUAAAUUGAAGUUUAUUGGAGAGUUGCAAAGUCAAAUCAUAUCAUUUGUAACGAUGAAUUUCCCCACACAGUAUACAAUUAAAACGCCAAAACUCACAUUCAGAUUUCAUGGUGGGCAUGAGUUCCCUUAAAAUAACGACAGUAUUAUACAAGUUCUCCAAAAAAAAAAAUAUAAUAUAUAAAUGGAAAUAAAUAUGAAAACAUUCAUUGAAGUUAAAGUCGACGAUUCAGAAAAUAAUAUAAGCAAAUACAAAAAAAAUAAAAAAUAUGAAAUUUUAUAAUAAUUUUUAUAUGUUUUCAAAAGUUCAUAAAAUAUUUGAAAAAAACUACAGCAAUAGUUAAAUUUAAACCAAAUAAUUAAUGUACAGCAGAAUACAACAGCCAAAUAGUGUUAAGUGAAUAUAACAUAUAUCGUACAAAACCAAUAACAGAUAACAAAUAACAGUAAAUAGUUCCAGGUUAAAGAAUUAACAGACAAUUCAGUGUUUUCAUAUGUAUACAAGUAAAGUUUGUCGUUUAAAAGUUGACUAAUACACCAUGUCGUAUACGUAACGCAUUCAGUUAGUGUAUUAUUCUACAUAUAUGUAUUGUAUGUGUUUACUGUAGUUUUUCUACAACAACAAAGUAUUAAGUGAAUAUCAGAUUUUAAUAAAUAAUUAAAAGCAACAAAACAACUACAACACAAUAUAAUAUAAUAUGAAGGCAAAAUAAAAAUAAAUUAUUGAGAAACAUUUUCGAGUAUUUUGAAAAUAUGCUGACUACCCCAAAGAGCUCAACAUCUACUAAAACCACACAUCUUUAACUAAAAGGUUCUACCUACAUAUAUUUUAUAAUCGUUAAAUUUACUUAAUUAAGAAAGUAGAUUUAGCUGUGUACAGCUGAUUUGGAUCAUUGAAAGUCUACCAACAAUAUCUAAAAAAACAAUAAUAACUACGAUAAUAUUCUAAAUUAAUGCAUAUAAGAAGAGCGCGUGAAAUAACUCAAAAAAGAGUAUAAGGAAAUAUGAAGCAAACUGUCAAGGAAUGGCAUAAUAACGCAAUUAAAAGUAAUAAUUAUACAUAUUAUUAAAAAAAUAUGAAUUGAAUAAAAAUAAAUUAAAAAUAAACUAAAAACAAUUUUACAAAAAUAAUAGCAAUCUUGCCAAAAAGUCGUUUUUCAACCACUUCUGUAUGUAUGUAUGUGAAUACAUAUUUACGCAACUAAAUUUAUGAACUGUGUAUAAUGUAGUUGAGAUCUGUGUAAUAUAUGUGUAAAAAAGUAAUUGUAAUUGAAUGACUAUGUUAUGUAACAGUAGUGAUGUGAAAUUUAUAUACAUAACCUAAAAGUGUAACACGAACAACAAACAAGAGAAUGUCUUAAUAAUUGGCUCAAAAACGUAUGUGCGCAAAGAAACCAAUACUUUAUAGAUGAAACCAAUGCUAAAUGAAAAUAAAGCAAAAAUCUCUUAAUAUACUUUUCACUUAUACAUAAAAACCACUCAAAUACAUUGACCCACGAUCCGAGAUCAGGAACAUGUCGGCAGAUUUAUAGAAUCGAAUAUGAUUUUUCCCACAAAAGUUUGAAAAAAGAGGUAUGAAAAAUGAAAUGAAAACGAUACCGAACCAAUGCGACCAGACAUUCGUUUCACGGAUUGGCGGCCCCCAGAAUGGCACAUUCUCUGCGCCGCUGCUGCACAAUCACAAGAACCAUUCGCGUCAAUGCUUGUACACUUUCCUAGCAGGACCCGGGCAACGUGUCGAAGUACUUUUUACAUCGUUUAAUUUAAGAGGAAGUCCACCAGACGGUUCUGCCGUCGGUGAAUUACCAGCCUGUGUUCACGAGUACAUGGAUAUAUAUUCGGAAGUGCAAUCGUCAGAUCCAGCUGAACUAAUAAAUUCACCAUUCGGUGGACGAUAUUGCGGUACAAUACCUCCGCGACGACGUAUCUCCAUGUAUCGAGCUAUAGCCAUCUCAUUUUUUACCAAUAAAAAUGUAUCUACACCCGAUUUAUUCGAAGGAACUUAUAGAUUUAUAAAUGCAUCUGAAUAUGAAAUUGGUAUACCAAUAGCGGGUUCACCAUGUUCCUACACCAUUACGCCUAGCAUGAGUAUCAAUAAAACCGGGGCACUCAUAUCGCCAACCUAUCCGGGUGCCUAUCCAAAGGAUAUGUCAUGCACAUAUCAAUUUCUCGGCGAAUCGAAUCAAAGAGUUAGAUUAGAAUUUCGUGAUUUUGAUCUAUUUUUUGGUGGACCACACUGCCCAUUUGACUAUGUCAAAGUGUAUGAUGGUCCCGAUAAUUCGUCAGCAUUAAUUGGUACAUAUUGCGGACAGCAAAGGAAUUUAGUUUUAUACUCAAGCGAAUCGAGCCUUUUUGUUCAUUUUUAUACAUUGCCGAGAACAGCGAAUACACAAAAUCGUGGCUUUAAAGGAAUUUAUGAAUUUAGCGAAAGUUUUGUUAAAUUAGAUUUUAUACGUGAAAAUGAUGGCAUUCACAUACGUGGCUCGGAAUGUGAUCAAAAGAUAUUAUCGAGAAAGGAAUCAACGGGUUUUGUGCUCUCACCAAAUUAUCCCUAUCCAUAUAUACCGAAAACUGUUUGUAGGUACUUCAUUUACGGCAUGCAAGAUGCUCAGCAUCUGGAACGUGUACGUCUGGAGUUCUCAGCAUUCAAUAUACCCAAGGUGGAGCACAAGGAUAAGAGCGAAUCCAAUUGCACGGAUGGUUAUCUAAAAAUCUAUCUGAAGGGUCAGGAAACUGCCGAUGCCUAUGACAAAUUUGACUAUGAGUUAUGUGGCAAUGAGACACAGCGAGUUCUUAGCGAUGGACCACGUUUGGCAAUGGUGUUCAGUUCGGGUGAGCUGCAGGGUCGCGGUUUCAAGGGUAAAUACACCUUUGAAACUGAGUAUAAAAUCCCCGGCACAGCUGCACCUGAUGGCACCUGCAGCUUCACAUAUGUGAGCAGUUCAAAGAAGCGUGGCGAAUUGAAUAGUCCUCGCUAUCCAUCCAACUACCCAUCGGACACGAAUUGCUCGUAUCUCUUUCUGGGUGAACCGAAUGAACAGGUCACCAUCGUUUUCGAUCAUUUCAAAAUUAAAGCGGAUGGUAACUCAAAUGCAACGGCUGGCGCUUAUGGUUCUAGCGCUUGCUUUGAAGACUGGCUGGAAAUGUAUGUUGUUUAUCGUGAUAACAACGAUCGUUUUCUUGGUCGCUACUGUGGUUUGACAGCACCCGGCCCCGUUGAGAGCCCAAGGGGUGCGGUGGGACUGCGCAUCACAUUGCAUACGGAUCAAGAGAACGUAGCUAGCGGCUUCAAAGCGCGUUACUUCUUCGAAUCACCACGUACCGAUGUGGCUGAAUGUGGUGGCAACUUCUCAGGUCAGGACUCGGGCAUUAUCACCUCUCCCAACUACCCAGCGGGUUACAAAGCACCCAGUCGUGGUAUGGCUUCGAUGGCAUGCAAUUGGAUAAUGACAGCACGUCCGGGUUAUAAGUUAUCAAUUAACUUUGAGCACUUCUCCAUCGAAGGCGACCCAGCAAAUCGUGGUUGUCCCGCUGCAGUUUUGCGCCUUUGGGUCAAUGUUGAUUCUGACCAACCGCCAUUGGAAUUGUGUGGUGAAAAGCCACUAAUCGAACAGUGGUAUUAUAUUUCCACUGGACAGACUGCUCGUAUCAGUUUCACAACCAGCGAUAAAACCGUUGGUGCUCCGGGCUUCCGCAUUGUAUGGACUGAAAUACAAGACUCUGGUCCUGGACCACCGUCCAUUGGACUGCUCUGUGAAUCAACCUACCACUUUCAAUGCGACGUGGGCUACUGCAUUUCCGACAAAUUGCGCUGCGAUGGCGUCAAAAACUGUGGUCCCGGUGACGAUAGUGACGAAUUGCACUGUACCACACAAGCGCCCGAGGAGGAUCACGGCGUUCUAAUUAUAAUAACACUAAUCGUCGUCUCGUUCCUAAUCUGUCUCCUAUGCACACUCUGUCACUCCAAAAGAAAACGUAGAGCGCAUGUGCGUCAACUGGGUCUGCAUCGCAAUGCCCACUACGAUUCGCAAACCAGCGCCACUGGUUUGAGUUCCAGUCGUCGGCAUUUACAGGGUGGUGCGAGCAUAUCGGGUAGUCUGCAUGGCAUCAAUAGUGGUUCAUUGAUGAUACCACCAGCCCCGCUGCCACCCACUAGCGUACCACCACCGCCGCACAUAUGCAUUGCGGGAGUCGACGGCCUCAGCGGGGGUAUACUAAUAAACGACGACGACGGCUUGGACGAUGACGAUGACAUCGACCUGGACAAUGUGCAACAUGAGAUCUUUAUUAACGACGUACGAUUCGACGAUGAGGAGAACCACUUGGAACAAAUGCAUCACUUGGAGAACGUUUAACAAACGGCGAAAACGCUUUUGGGCAGCACGAGCGGCGCUAUCCACUUGUUGCAACAAUAUGCGGCAUUUUAUAGGAAUUUACAAGCAUAGGCACAGAUUUAAUUUACAUUGUAAUAAGCAUUAAAUGAAUAAUAGCGAAAACAUUAGUCGUAAUAAUUAAGUCAGGUUUUUAAUAGCAAAAGAAAUCAAUAAAAAAUCCAAAUUCCUAGAGUUAAAUGCAAAUUCGUUGCAAAUUACAACAAAAGGUUGCAUGCAACUAAAGGAAAAGGAAUAACGGUUCGCAAUUCGUUUAAUUCGAAAAUCGCCAAAGAGUCAAACAAGUUACAGUUAGAGAGGAACGAAAGCAAUUUGACGAAGAGAGAGAAACGAGAGAAAAAGCGAGAGCAUAAUAAUGGCAAAAGAGAGAUACACAAGUUAUUGGAUUUAGACUGGGUUUAUCGGCAUUUUACUGACUUUUUUAUUUUUUGGAUAAAAAAAAUCGUCAAAACAUAUUAUAUACAUAUAUUUGUGUCUACGCGGACAUUUGGAAGAUCACCUAAAACUACUUAUUGUAAAAUAAUUUCCAAUAAACUUAAUAUUUAAAAGUUAACAGUACUGCGAAUGGUAGGAAGCGUGAGAUAGCAUUUUGACGAGAGGCUUUUUAUUGUGAAACAAAGUAAAAAGUAGCGAAUUUGAGGCGAAAAUGGAACGAGAGGAAAAUUAAAAUGAAAUAAAUUUAAAAAUAAUAGUGAAAAAAGAAAACAUAAUAAAGGCUCAUUAGCGUUAAUUACAAAAUAAGUUAAAUGUAAAAUGCAAAUAAAACGGUAAAUCUCAUACAAAGAAUUGAUGAAUUCAUGGCGUAAACCAAAAUAUUGUUGAUUUUUAUAUUUGAUACGAUUUAGAAGCAUUAUACAUUUAUUGUUCGUAAGGAGACCCAGCUACAUUGACAGUUAAACAAAUAAAUAACAACAAUGCAUAUACAUAUGUAUUUAGCAACAAUUCUUCAUGACUUUAAACACACACAUACACGCAUACAUAAUUAACAUGAGAGUUGAGUCAGAAAACUAAAAUUUACUCAAUAUGUCAGCACGCCUCACAUCUUCAAACUUUCCUGGUACACUCAGCAGUUAUUUCAGGCAAAAAAUUCACUUAAUUCACACACUCAUCCACUUAACAAGCCGCUCGCGAAUACCUACACGCAAAUACAUAACGAAUACGAAGAAAACGAUGAAUGAUGAACAGCAUGCCACAUCAAUAAUAAUGAUUCUAAAAUGUGCUCAAUACGUUAGUAAAUAUACAUACAAUAAAAACAAUACGUACGAGUCUUAUUGCGAGUAAAUAAAUUAACAAAUAAAUUAACAAA